GACAGCACUGGCUGCUCACACCUCUCUCGCCUCUCCGCAAACAGAGGCUCUGUGUAAAGGCUUAGUACAGCUUCAGCCCGGCGCCUUGUUCUUUGGACUUUUCCCAUUUUUAUCUUCAACCUUCUCAAAUGCGUUGCGUUAACGUCAGAAAUAACCAGAGAGACAGCAAGUGUUUUCCACCGCCCGGUCAGCCCUAGGCGUUUUUAGUGGUUGACUCAUUAAACGCGUCCAUCUAGGUGUCACUGCGGUGUUUAACAUUAGCUUAUUUUCAAACAAAUCUUACUGGGUCCAAUUUGAGCGGAAAAGUGUCUGGAAGUUUGAACUUCAAGUGUUGAGCAUCAGAAAGUCUUCUAAUCUACAGGAGGAGACCAAUAACCUCAACUGCUGACUAAAAGUCCUCAAGAAGCUUCCUCGUGACUAUGACGGUAACCUGCCAUUUUCACCCGCAAAUCCUGAAGUGAUGAUACCACACUAUACGUCAACAAAUGAAACAGCAGCCAGAACAUCAGCAGUUAAAAAUGGAGCCCCGACUGAUGCAUGAUCUGAGGGUUUUCUUCAUCUUCUUCAUCCUCUUCUCUACAGCUUCGAGUGAAAGUGACCUGGACUUGAAGUUUUGUGGCGUGUGGCGACACGGCAAUGGUCACCUAAGUCUGAACGUCCACCUCUCCAAAGGCUGCAGCGGGAUCGUCGUCUCAGCCAAUCAGAGCGCUCUGUCCAUCGAGGGUCAGAUCACAGCUCAGUGUGAACGGGCCAAUGAGAUCCAGCUUGGAGUGAAUUCAGAGGAGGACACACCCUUCUGUCUGUACUGGGACCCGUUGCUGGACCAGUUGAAGCUGCAGGUGGGAGGAAAGAACCUCACUCUGUGCUGGCCAGCUAGUCUGAAGGGCAAAACCUGCUGCACCGAUCUGUCCAACGGUGCCAACGCAGAGGAAGCCCCCUACGGCAUCAAGGAUGGAACUGUCAAAACUGACUUGAUCUCCUCUAAAACACGGACUCACUACAAUUUCACAGCUCAACCCAUCAACUGCAAAAUGUUAUGUGAUCAACAGAGCCAGCAAUCAACCCAAGGCCACAUGCCUGGGCAGACGACGGUGAUGUCCAUUACUGAAUGGAACAUGGAGCAUCCCUGCGCUCGCAGCUCUGAGGUGGAGAUGAUGAAGGGCUUUAGAGGCGUCAACAUCACAUCGCCUUCCUCUAAAGGUGAAUCUGCAGAGUCCACUACCAUGGUUCACAUCCCUCCCACUCUGAAAGAAGCUGCAAAAAAGACAAACAAAGUGGUCUGCACUUUCUUCCAAAAUAACUCAUUUUUCCAGGAGGUUCACAAGGAGGACAGGAUUCUCGAUGAUGUGGUGGGAAUCACCGUGGAGAACGAGAUCAUCAUCAAUCUGCCUGAGCCAAUCAGGAUUGCCUUUCACCAUGAUGUCAUACCUAAAACGCACUCAAGGAGUUGUGUUUCAUGGGACACGAGGAAAGAUCCGUUGCAGGUCAACUGGUUAGGAGACGGAUGUAAGGUUGGACAGAAAGGAGAAAAGUACACUGAGUGCCUCUGCAACCAUCUGACUUACUUCACUGUGCUCGUGCAAUUGAAGCCUCGCCCGGUGCGCAACCUCCUGGCUCUGACUGCCAUUUCCUCUCUGGGCUGUGCUGUGUCUGCCAUCAGUUGUGUGGCUGUCAUCGUGUUUCUCGCCAGGAAAAGCAAGCGGUGUAAGGAGCCAUCUAUCCACAUCCACAUUGGCUUAGCAGUGUCCCUCGCCUGCCUCAACCUGCUCUUCUUCUCCACCGGGGUCCUGGCGAACGUGGGAGGGGAGCGCAUGUGCGUCUGGGUGGGUGCGCUUCUUCACUACACCUUACUCAGCUCCUUCGCCUGGAUGGGUGUAGAGAUUUUCCACACCUUCUGGUUGAUCUGCGUCAUUUUCAGCCCUUCCCCGACGCCCUACGUGUGGUACCCAGUCGGGUUUGUUCUCCCUGCUAUUCCUGUAGUCAUCCUGGCUGCCGUAGGGGACAUUUAUGGAGUGAAAGAGGUGGUGCCGAGCAGUGACAUCCACAAUCCUUAUCUCAUGUGCUGGAUGAAAGAGAACGACAAGGCCUUGCUGGCCCAUUAUUUCACCAACUUGACAGUCAUGGCCCUCCUGGUGUUCUUGGGUUUCGCGAUGCUCUUCAUGGUCUACAGAAAGAUCCGCACCAGACAUGAGUGGAGGCAGAACCGCAUGGCUUUCCUCAGCAUCUGGGGCCUCAGCUGCCUCUUCGGGACCACUUGGGGUCUCGGCUUCCUGGACUUUGGACCUCUCGCUGACUUUUUGCUCUUCUUUUCCUGCAUCAUCAACUCCUUGCAAGGUUUCCUCCUCAUGCUGCGGUUCUACAUGCUGGACUGGAUGCGGAAACAGACCGGAGAUUCGGCUCUGGGCAACAGCAGCACCGGCUCCACCCGGCAACACAUGCUGCAGGCCCAGGAGAAGGGCAAGAGGGACAGCGAGCAGAGCUGCAGCAGUCACACUUUGUAUGGCAAAAUGCAGAAUUCUUUUCUAAGAAAAUGAAAAAAAUGGAGAACGUACCCCCACUGACUGCUACACUGUAGAUCCACUGCUUCCCCAGAGGGAGCUCUGUGGGAAACGUUACAACCCACAAGUGAAGAGCGACUCCAGAAAGCACUGAGUGAGCUUUCCUACUCAUUUUUAUGGAUGCGUCUGUGUCCGUUGGUCCUCCUAUGAAAGGUUUGGAUCUGUUUUGCAGUAAUUUGAUUAGAGUUGAGCAGCAAAUGAGAAGAAGACAAUAUUGGUGAUCCAUUUUCUAAGUCUGAUCUAAAAGGAAGUCUUAUGUGUUUAGGACUUAAGAACAUCUUUGCCAGUAUAAUCUUUCAAAGUUCCUUAAAACAAAGUGGUACAAUAUCAGCCUCCUGUGGCAAGAAUGAGUAUUUCCUCAACCCCAAAAAAAUGCUUUCAGAUAAAAUCUGUUCCCCCUGUUCUUAAGUCGUAAACACAGCCGAGGGAAUAAUUUAGGUCGGACUUAGAAAAGAAUACCAAGACUUUGACCUUCUUAUUGCCUCUCAGGGCUUCUGGAGAUUGCACUGAUGGAGAUUAGCUGAAUAUAAUCAACCUUGCUGGAAGUUUUUGAAUAACAAAAUCCGCUCUGCAGUCAAAAGUCUUUUU